AUGUUUCGACGAGCUAACCCCUCUGCGGCAACUACCGUGACCUUUCAAGUGUGUACUGACUGCUCGUCGACUCCCCUGAUGCUGCCCGUGGCACCCCCCAAUUUGGACGAUCGGCACGCUGUGGUCACGCUCUCGUUUCGAGAAUGUGACGCGCACCCCCUGCUCACGACCUUCAGUGACCCCCGCCGUCGUUCCAGCAGUAGUAGUACUAAAUACGAUCCCACCGACGCGGCGAGUGGUAUGCCAGCCUACGAAGACGAGAUACCCAUCAUGAUGACGAAUUUCGUCACGCUGGAAGAAGGCGAAGACUCGACAGAGCAGCACCACUGA